CCACAACCAAAUAAUUAUUAGUACGGUGGUCCGUGGGUCUGAUUACUCACCGUCCAGUGAAACAUGUGAUGAUGUGACGGAUGUGGAAUCAAUAGCCGCAUUCAAUGGGAGAUCUCGGCCUCCCGAACGUGUUUUGCAAACGACCUGAGGGGGUGCAUGUCCUCCUUCCUAUUGCUAUCCUCAAUUCUUAACUACCAGAUGAGCCAUUGAGCUCGUCGAAAUUGAAAUGGACGACAAGCAUAUCCUGCCCAGCGAGCCCUUCAGUGACGAAGGCUCCGAGAGUGCUUCUCUCCUACGGGACUUUGAUGAGCCUCUGCUUGGGAAGCGCCGCAUACAUGAACUAUCAGAAGGUGCACUAAAACUGGACGGUCAACCAGCUGCCGCGUCGCGUGGCGGUAGCUCUUCAUCAUGGCUCUUCUCCACAACGCGCUACGCCGUGAUUCUAACAAUAGGCGUCUUCUUGAUUCUAACUGCCGGAUAUCUUGGAUCGCUUGUUCCAAAGGAGCCGGCGAACCAUGAGACCCCACACAUCCAAGCCCCUACCAUCUGCCAGACCGCUGAAUGCAUCGACGCUGCCUCCGAGAUCCUUCACAGCUUGGACCCCAAUUACGCCGAUAUUGAUCCUUGCACGAACUUUGACCAGUAUGUUUGUGGCGGAUGGAGAGAACUACACGAUAUGCGGCCCGACCAGGGAGCUAUCUUUUCCGGCACAUAUAUGCAGGAAGCAUCCCAAACACGCCUCCGCCAUUUGCUUGAAUCAUCCGAACCGUCCGACCCUGCCGACUCGAACAUUUUUGAUAAGCUGAAGGCUGGUUACAAAUCUUGCCUUGAUGAGGAGACUGUCAAGAAGCGCGGAACUGAACCAUUGGCCAAGCUGCUGGAGGAAUUCGAGAAGGUGUAUAGUAUCGGCUCCAAGUCAGAAACGUCAGAGGCCGGCUUAACAGACGCCGUGCUGUACCUGACGAAGUCCGGCGUUCGUGCUCUGCUGGGCACGUAUGGUUCGCCAGAUGAUCGUGAUCCGGAUAAUGUUGUCGUCUUUGUAAGUCCUCCUCGAAGGAUUGGACUUCCAGCUAGGGAAUACUACAACAAUACAAAGACCGUGAGCGAGUACACCGCGGUGGUCGAGAAAGUACUUGGUAGCUUCGUUGGCGACGGGAAGCAAAAGCAGCAUCUCAAGGAUGUUGUGGAGUUCGAAUCUAAACUCGCAGAUGUGACUCCCGACACGCAGACCCAGGAGGACGUCACAAAGUACUACAACCCACGCACUCUCGAGGAGACAAAGUCGCUUCUUCCAGAAAUCUCACUGGCUGAUAUCAUUUCGGGUCUCGCCCCGUCGGACUAUGAAACCGACCGUGUGAUUGUUGGAUCCCCAUUGUACAUGGAGUCUCUGUCCAAAAUCCUUAAGGACACACCAAGGGAAACCAUCCAGCUAUUCUUCAAGUGGAAGAUUAUUCAAAGAUAUGCCGAACACAUUGAAGAUGAUGCCAUCGAACCCCUGCGUGAAUUCGACAACGUGCUAGCUGGCAAGGACCCCAAAGCUAAGAAAGAUCGGUGGCGAAAGUGCAUUAGCACUCUGGAUCGUGAUCUAGGGUGGAUCCUGAGUCGCUUCUACGUGUUGAACGCAUUUUCGGAGGAGUCGAAAAGGCUUGGAGAUCAAAUCGUCUCCGAUAUCAAGGAUCGCUUUGUGUUUACCUUGGACUCAACUAGCUGGAUGUCACCCGAAGUGCGGAAGCUGGGCAUUCAAAAGGUUGGAAACAUUGUGCAAAAGAUUGGGUAUCCGACAAAGAGUCCUGACUUGAUGGACCCUGCCGACGUAGAAAAGUAUUACGAAGGCCUCGCCAUCUCGAAUGAUACCUUCUUCGAAAACGGAGUUGCCGUCGCUAGAUUUGAUACUGCGAAAGAUUGGGCUAAGCUGGGGAAGCCAACGGACCGGAACGAAUGGAGUAUGACUGCUCCGACAGUUAACGCAUACUAUAACCCGCCUGGCAAUGAGAUUGUGUUCCCUGCUGGGAUCAUGCAGCCACCGGUCUUUUAUGGACCUAAAGCUCCCUUGUACUUGGCGUACGGAGCCUUUGGUGCCGUCAGUGGACAUGAGCUCUCUCAUGCGUUCGACUCCACGGGAAGACAUUACGAUGAAACGGGGAACUACACGGAUUGGUGGGAUGAGAAGACUGUGGAGAAUUUCGAGGAGCGUGCGCAGUGCUUCAUCGACCAGUAUGCAGAGUUCACUGUUCCUGGGAAGGAUUCGGAGCCAUUGCAUGUCAAUGGCCGCCUGACUCUUGGUGAAAAUAUUGCCGAUGCUGGCGGUCUUACAGCAUCAUAUCAUGCUUGGAAGAAGCGUGAUGAGGCUCAUCCAGACUCACAGCUCCCUGGUCUGCUCGAGUUCACCAAAGAGCAGAUCUUCUUUAUCUCCUAUGCGAACUGGUGGUGCAGCAAGUCGACACCGGAAGCCGCCCAGGAGGCGAUUUACAACGAUCCUCAUGCACCCAAACCGGCCAGAAUCAUUGGAACAAUGGCGAAUUCACUCGAGUUCCAAGAGGCAUUCAAUUGCCCGAACAAGAAGGCAACCUGCAAGCUCUGGUAGCUGGGUUGGAUGUGGAAAUCUGCUCGUAAAGUAUACAAGAAUUCUGGGCUUUUGUAUGAGUUGACCUCGAACCAAUUGUUUUUGUAUUGAUGUAACCUGCCAAUGGCCUCAAUGACUUGCUUGUUUUCAAAGUCAUGCCUCUUUGAGAUCGAUCUGCGAUCGCGGAACUGGGUGAGGCUGAAAUCUGACGGGGAUCUACGCUUCAUUACCUUCACCGACAGAUUCUCAGCCAGCUACUGCCGGGAACAAAGCGUGGGAGUUUAUUGGGAGCAUCACUUGCCGGAGAGUGGCAACAUGUCUUCGCUCGGUACGGUCUAUCGAUAUAAACGAGACUAAAGAAACCCC